CCGGCGCCGGGUGAACAUCAUCUCCUUGACUCGCCCGAUUUUCGAUCAAAGUCUCUCUACCCCCGCUUCCCAUAAUACAACAAGCCAAUCCACCCACACACACUUGUGACAAAGAUUAAGUCAGGCUUGGAUUUCUCGAUUUGUGGGCGAAUGCAGACGCAAUGAGCGCGGCGCCAUCACCACAUCCCUCAAAGAUACCUGUGAGUGUCGAUAGAAAGGUCCCUAAAAAGGCCCAGGAUGAGUACUGGAAGUCCGCGCCAGAACGCGCGACGUACGUUUCGUUCGGUGAUCAAGGCUUGACGGCAACUAUUGGGGCUUACGGCUCCCUACUACGGAUUUGCUGUCCUAUUCUAAGCUCGGGCGAGCCGAGCCCCGACAAUGUCAACCUGGACGGUAGGAACUCGAACGAUAGCGACCCAGAGAAUGAGAAUCCAGACAAGCAGAACUCUGGUGAUCACAGCUUGGAUGGGGUCUUCCGAUCGAAGAUCAUGUGUCUCGAAUCCAGUGGCCAAGAAGCAUACUAUGUCUGGGGGCGAGCAUACAUUCUUGCAGAUAGCGCCGAUGAUCCCAACUGCGGGUUCGGGCUACGGUUGGACAAUAACAUUCAACCGGAGCUAUCGACGGUGGAUUUUGUCGACAAUCGCUGGCCGAUCAUCAAGUACAAGACAAAGCAAGGCUUCUCCAUCACAGUACAGGCUUGGUGUCAGGAUGGCAUGGUUUUGCAGCAGAUGUUGAUUGAUCGAGGCACCGACGGCCCGGAUGCAGUAAAAUUGAGUCUGAAUAUGUCGUUCGCUAUGCAGGAUCUGAACUACAUGCACCGGAGAGACAAUAUUGACAUACGCGAGGAUCGGCCAGCCGAUCUUCAGGCUGAGAACUAUAUCUUACUGAAAGGGCAGCAUAAAAGAAACUCUCGACAGAGCCAGAUUGGCGUGCUCGUGGGAUUAUUCAAAGACAAUCAGAGUCAUCCUCUUAGAACCUCUGAGAAUUCCGAGCCGAGAACGGAUCAUGCAGAAUCAUUGACUCCGGAUAGGGAUGCUGAUUCUGUAUCUCAAAAUGCCCAAGAAGGCGAUCCACGGUCCAUUGCCUUGAAGCAUAAGUUCGUCGACCAGAAAGAUUAUGUCACAUACACAGCAGUAUUUAUGCUGCAAGUGGCCUCAUCUGGCGAAUGGAGCUCCCUGGAGAUCUCGACACUGCCCAGGGAGCCAACGCCUCACUCAGAUGAUCAAUCUGACGCAUUUGGGUCCUACGAGGAGAGAGUCAAUUGGCAUUGCCAUCGCAACCUGGAGCAUAUUCUAUCGGUGUGCAGCAUCCCGCUUGAUGAGACACCAUUGAAGACCAACCAUACACCAACUACUAACGCCAUGAAGAAUACCUCGACUAAGCGGGAGCUCGAAUCCUCCGCCCCGGCUCCCCGAAAUCGAGGUGUAGCGCUCACUUGUGGAGAUUUUGGAGAUCAUAGAGUCAGCAUAUCAGGAGGCUACUUCGCAUUCAUGUUCAUGUUGGAGAUGUACAGACGUCCUGAAAAGCGUCCGAGCGCCUCCGAUAUGUGCGGAAGAAUAAAACGCACAUGCAAGGGUCACCUUGAAUGGGUCUUUAAUCUGGAUCCCGAUGCAUCCUCGUCUGCUAAUGUCUGGAUCGAUGGCCAAAUCAUCAACUUGAGUGGUAGCUAUACCAGUGUUCCGAAUGAUAAUCCUUCCAUCUUACCUUGUCACAUCAUCAAAGCGACAGAGUACAUUAUGGUGUUUCAAGACUCAGCAGACUUUGAAUUUGUCUGCAAGGGAUUGGGAAGCCUGUGCAAGGAGUGGUUUUUGCGAUUAAAUCGCACAAAGAACAGACGAACACCCACCUGGCAGCACUCCCAGAGCUCGGACGUGCCCUUUUAUCGACUUGGGGAUCAUCUGUGGAUAUGGAAGGCGCUCAAAGGCCUCGAAGAAGUAUUAGACUUGGUGGAGUUCCAGCGCGACAAGCUGGCAGCAGAUAUCGACAGCGCAGUGUGCGAUGACUUCUUGAAGCUGCGGCAGCACAUGCACGACCUGAUGGCAGAGAAGCGCGAGAGACGUCAACCAAUGACCGCAGAGAAACGCGAGUCACACAUCUAUUUCAAUUCAGAGGAUGUACGGAAAGAGAAUAUCAAGCGCUUCACCGUCCGAAACGAGGUCUUCAACAAACGCAUGCUGAGUGUCACUCGCAGUGCCAACGAAACGCGGUUUCUACUUCAUUCGCGAGACACAGUACUGUACUACGGAGGCUUGUGGGGAUUCUUCGGGGGGCAGGAAGAUCUUAUCCACGAGAUGCUGAACAUCCAGGCGGGACACGAUGACAGCCUAUGUGACGAGGUGGAGUGGAGCAAUCCCCUCCGGUAUGGACUGGCUCUAUUGUGGUCUUCUUGGAACUAUCAGCUAACUGGGGGAAACGCCCCUGACCAAAUGGUGAAACGCGCGAAAAGGGUUCUUCUGGGCUCGUCUUGCGCGACUGGGCUGUUUCCUGGUAACCUCAACGAGGAGAAAAAAGGAACCAUUUUCAAUGACGAGGCGCAUCGCGACUUUUACUUCCAUGCCGGAUUUGAGGUCCCAUACAUCCUCCUGAAAUCCCUAGAUCCCAAUGGGGUUGAAUUCUUACCUAGGAAGAAAAAAGAAGACUAUGCAGCUCUGAAUUCUGCAACCGUCACGACACAUCAGCAGGUCUAUCGUGAAUCUAGAAUCCCUAACGACCAAAGCUUUCAGAGUCGAACAGGCACACAACUGGUGUCGGUCCCGCUUACCCUCCGAAAACAGAACCCGUACGGGACAUCUCUCGACGUGAAUAUUAUCGUGGAUGUGCCAGAUGAAUGGCUUUUCAAGGAUCCUGACUUCCUGGACUUCAUCCCUCCCGAUAGUCUGGAAGACCGGAUAGACAUCGUGAAGGAUGCUGCAGAUGUCCUAGGUCUUGUGGAUGGUGGCAAGUCAGUAUGUGAAGGCAUGGAAAGGCUGAAAACAAAUGACUGGAAGGAUCCCGCUGGGGUAAGACAAAUACGGUCCCAAUACGCAGCAGAGUCCUUGGCGAUUGUUCUUGACAUUCGCAAAAGUAAUGGCAAUAAGCAGAUUGACGACAAAUACUCGGUGUUGCGCGUGGCGGAUGGACAUUUCGACUCCUUUACAUCUCAUCUGCUGAGCAAACGACUGCUUGACGCUAGUAAGAAGCGAGUUGUUUACAUCAGAAUUCCCACGUGCGAGAUGAAUGCUAUCUGUUACCUCGCAACCCCUGAGCAUGACAGACCUAGUUUCGCGUCUUUUGUUCAGAGGCAUUGCGAUAUCAAAACAAGUUUCUUUCAUGACGAUGUUGUGGUAGAGACCAACUCCUGGGUAACUGAAUUUCACUGUCGCUUUUUUAGGGCAGUUGACAAGAAGUACUGGGAAAGAUCACACGCGCACAGACAGACGGAAAGGGGAGGGGGGGCUGCACCAGCUCGAAGAUACAGCCGGCGGUUAGCCUCAAAGCUAUGUCCGCCCCUCGGAAAGGGGUUGGUGCUGGUGGAUGAUGUUUUCAGUUUGAGCAUGGUGGGCGACUGGUGUGACCGACAUUGGACGUGUCACGUUCUCGAGACCUCAACGGCCAGCAAUGACCUAUUCAAGCGGGAUUGGUUCAGAGACAACCUUGAAUUUACGCAAAGAAAAGUGCUUGAGCUGACUUUAGUGAAUAAGCUGUUGAUCGAUUUCCACCAGAGCACCAGGGAGAUCCUGCGCAGGGUUGAGCAAGACUCUCACUCCAGUGCGUUAGGAAUGAGUGAAGAGCUAUACUCGACCAUGAGCUUCAAGAACCGAAAGCAAGAGCUACUGGAUGAAACAUUCCAGGUUCUAUGCAGGGUAAAAGACAGUAUCACCGGGGUCCGGACAUUGAUAGACGACUGGAAGCAACGGGAGAGCUCUCAGGGGCGAGAAAGACCCCGCUGGACACGUAGCGACGAGCAGAAGCAUGGCCAAGUUCUUCGAAAACAGACCAAUGAGCUGGCGAAGCAUGACCGCGAGGUUAAUGCCUUGCUCUCCCACGUCGACUUUCUCAUCUCGCUGGUGAACAAUGAAAAAACCCUCAGCCAGGCGAGGGAUGUUACUCGCUUCACCUACGCCACCGUCUUCUUUCUCCCGGUGGGGCUUGCGGUCAGUGUCUUCAGUAUGAGCGGGCCACCGGACCAUACAGCCAUUCUCGGUAUGGUGAUUACUGCAAUCGUCGCCUUGGUGGUUACGGUGGCUUUCCUAUGGCUUGUCAUCAGAGUUCCAACACAAGUAUACCCUCGCAGCCAGAGCAUUGGCUCGCUGAUGAAAGACUUUCUGACUAGAAAGGCAAAUGAGUUGGCCCACGUGCUCGGGUUGCAAGGCAUUAGCAAGCCAACCAAUGCCAGUCGGGAUUCAGUCGACGAAGCUGACACAGAUGAGGAUUCUAUCUCUGUGUCUCGCUACUGGUCCAUCUCUCGUUAUAUGUCUGACAAGAUCGCGGCUUUGUUAACCUUGAGGCAUCGACACGCCUCAAACGAGAAUGAGGCAGAUAAACAAGCGUGAGAUUUGGUGUAGGUUCCCAUGGCAACAAUUGCGGCCGGUCUAGAACCCCUGCAAAACAGUUUCGGAGGCUGCCUUGAUGGACCUUGGAUCUGAAUAGAGUAGAUUGAUAGUACUUCAGGAUUAUUGAGCCCUGAUAGAAGUCUCCUGGAUGGAAUAGGAACAAAAACUUUUUUUCAGAACGUGCAUCCUGGUUUCAGGGGCAAGGGAACAAGAGUGUACAGUACACCGAGUAGACACAAGAAAAAAGACUAGGG